AUGAAGGUCGCUACUGAUGAAAUCAAGCUCACUAGUCUUAGGGACUGUUUCAUGUUUUUAUACUGGUUGCAUAAGGGGGGAGGGAGGAAUAAACUUGGAGAGGUGGCCCAAACUAUGCAUGGCCGUAUUGGAGAUUAUUGUCAGAGUCAGCAAGUGACGAAAGAGCAGAUCGAAUCCCAUCUAGCCUCCUUUCUGGGUCAUGUGAGUACAUUCUAUGAAGUUUUGGUACGUGAUGGCUUUCCUCAAGAAGCACUUGCAUCCGGAGCCUCAAUGCCACCCAAUCCCUCAUUAAAUGCCAUAUUCGACGCACUUCUUGAGUGUCUUCCCAAGUUCCUCGCCGCGAUAUACUAUCUUUGGUAUUGCGUGUCUCACACGUUCGAGUCACUUGGCGGAGGUGGGUGGAAGAAUGACUGUCCCGGUUGGGAGAAGGAUCGGUGGUACGGGUUUAGAAAUAAUUGGGGCGGUGACCUUCAAGCGUAUCUCAGAGACAUCGUCACUAAGAAGUACAAUGUAAUACCGGGCGGCUUCAAUAGAUAUGAGGUGAGAGAUGGUUGGUCAUACAGUGGUUACUCCCACGGUUACUCUAUGGUAACUCCCCUCAGAAAAAUUUUCGAAAAAAAAGAUGAUACGGCGCAAAAUGUUUUUCGCGACGUAUUUGCCACUUCUGUUCUUGCUAGCACUUCCGGCACCCAAAUUUCUAACACCGCAAACUCUCUUGCAUUGGUGAACGUGUUUUGCGAGAUUGUGGUUGAGGCGGAUGAGAAUGGAAAUGGUGAAAUCUUAAAAACACAUGUACAAUCAAAAAACGGAUGCGUACAUUGGGAUUUUUUAAAAGCUCAUUGCUCCACACUGAAAUCCCAACUUGGCAAGAUUUUCAAUGAUAAAGCCUUUUCCUUCACCGGCUACGGACGGAAACGUGAAGAGCUUAACAAGGAAAAGUUUGCAGAAAAGACGGCAGAUUGGUUGCGAAGCAACUUGGAUAAGGUCCGCGAGAAUUUGGAGCAUAUUAAAUCUUUUGAAAGUGAACAUGAUUACUAUGCACGUGAAUUCAGCACGUUUAGGAAACAUCACAACAUGCUCCAGGAAUAUUACGCCGCGCUCGGUCCAUAUUUCACUAAAAAUCUUUUCCCCUACGGUUUCACUUUCUACGGGGGAAAAGAACACAUUAAGACAAAUGCGCCUUUUGAGGAUUUUAGAGCGGAUUGGGAUAGUGUAAUCUAUGAGCUUAAGAGAGACGGUAGCGGCUUGGCGGAGUUAAAAAGAAUUCUGGAUGGCAAGGGGUGUCGAGCACCGCUUCCACCUCCAAAGCCGCGCCCCAGGCCGGCGCCUGCGCCCAGGCCCCCGAGGCCUGUACCCCAACCCGGGCGUGCCAGGACUCCUGGUAGGACAUCCGGUCCAAGGCUUCUUGGAGAUUGGUCGUCAAGUGAGAGCCAGGCUUCUGGUGCUAGAGGAGGAAAUACAGGAGCGAGAGGGCCUAACAAUAGAGGAGGGGGAUCGGGGGCUCACAGUAGAAGAGGGGGGCAAAACAAAGGAAGUGGACCGGGGCCUCGAGGUGCUCCAGGUGCUAAUGGCGCACGGGCAAGCAGAAGUCCAGGGUCUUCGGUGUCUAUUAAGCCCCAACCCUUACAAUCUCAAAAUGAUUCCCAGCCUCAUCUUCAACUACAACCUCUACUUGCUGCCUCCAGUGCCCAUAGAGACCCUAGUCCACCGGCUGCAACACUUCUGACUCCAGACCGCCUGGUGUCUCAGGCCUCUGUUCAUGAUCAUUCAAGCGCGUCCAGCUCCAGCUCUUCGUCAUCUAGUGUCACUGUUACCGGUGGUCAGGAACGGAGUCCACAGGCGGCCGCUUCUGGACAUAUUCAACAGAGUAGUCAAGACUCAUCUCCCAAUCAAGACUCCAAUCCACACAUACCCGGUCAGCAUUCUGCUCCAGGUGGCGGUGGAGCCAAUGGAGCGAUAGGGGUGCCAAGCGCUGGUGGAAGUUUGGCUGUGGAUUCAAGGGACACUGUUUCCAAAGUCGCUGAACCUGUUGUCCCUUUAAGCAUUGAUCUUCCUCAGGCUCAAAGUAUUCAACGUCAAAACUCUUUGUCGCAUGGUGCUGUUGGUGACGGUGAUCCAGGCAGUCCAGGGCCUUCUUUGCCACAGGAUAGGUCAAACCACGAUGGAGCCCCGGAACCCAUUGGUACGCCGGUUGGUACCGUUCCUGGUCCAGACAGCGUGGUUGCUUCGGGAAUACAUCCUGUCGUCUCUUCAAAUGUAAGCGACACUCGGAAUUCAAAUGUUCAAACCGCAGACUCUUUGUCACCUCCUGACCAUCAUGAUACUGCUCAGGAUCUGAAAGCUCAGGCUCAUUCUUCUCAAGAUAUUUCUCACCAAUCUUCACACGUUCGAAGCACACUUCAGGGUUCACCAGGCCCCGAUAGUCCGUCAUCCGCUCCAAAUCAUGCCGGUCCGGGUGUAGGAGGAGGCGCUGGAGGGGGUGGGAGCUCGGCAGGUGGUACGGAUGGCGAUUCCCUGGUAGACAAUCACUCUGGUAUAUCUUCUAAGGCCCCUCAACAUUCUGUGCAACAUCCCACCCCAAGUCUUACAACUGCAGGCCCUCCAUCAUCUGGUAUCCUUGGUUCACCGGGUGAUGUGGGCCUUACUGUCCAACUGCCUCCUCAACUAAUUGCUCAGGACCACACGGGGGAUGCAAGCGGUCAUAGCCCAGCAUCCAUUCCACAGGCUCCCGGCCCAGAUUCUCUCAGUGAUUCUGAUCAUGCAGUUACAAGAGCUCAACAACUUGUUGGAACUCAGGAUAAUGGACCUCUAGGUCAGCUAGGCCCGGCACUGUCUGUUCCUCCAUCCCCACCUUCUGCUCCUCCCCUAACCACAGCUGCAGACCUUUCAACUCCGCAGAACAGUCUACAUGGACCCGUGGGGGCCCAAGGCGUUCAUGGUCAACGAGCUAUGCAGCCUGUGGAUCCCAUCUCGAAAGACGAUAUAGACUCUACGGAACCUCUAAAUAAACAGGUUUCCUCCAGUCCUACUGUGUCACAUGAUCCCCCUGGUAAGUCAACAAGCGGGGCUCCGGCUUCAACGUCAGGUAAGGCUGCGAUUUCACAGCCUGAUGACAUUCACGGCGCUGUGCUCACUCAGUCAUCAAGUGUUUCUAUUUCAGGAUCCCCAUCAUCAGGUGACCUUCCUUCACCAAACAUUGACGACCCAUGCCACAGCCUCGAGAUAUACGUCCCCAUGCGUAUAGUUACUGAGCCCGUCUUCGAUUAUGACGUCGGUGAGGAACCACCUGUCGAGACCUCCAUACUGCCCGACCGAGUAGGACCGUCUAUACCUGCAGUCUCGUUUAACCUUCUACCUCCAGCUACCAAGAAGCCUCUACCUUCCAGAGAAGAUCCAAAAAUUACCGCAGCCGAAUUCGAGGACAAGUGCGUUCCUACCUGGAUCACUCAGACGCCUAAAUACAGCUUCGCAGAUGUCCCGGUUACCGAGUUGUUCCCCGCCGAGGCGCCGCGCACAGUCAGGGAGAUGCUUCGUUGGUUGGUUGGAAUUAGAAACCCAAAACAUCUUGACAUUAUGAAACGAUGUAUUGAGAAGGUUUUCAGGAGCGUGACUGAUGUCAUACACGGAGAGGUUAAGCUCUCUGUCAACGGUUCUCACAUCACAGUCGACAAUGUAGUUGACGCCAUAAAACUUGUCGCCAUGUUUGCAGCUUCAGUGUUAUCUACGAUUGAACCUGCCUGGAAAGGUAACAUCGCAUUAUCGGUAACAUUAAAACGUACGGGCUCCGACCAAUCUAAGGAGACUGAUUGCUGCGCCCUCCUCUGCCAGCUGCGGGACUACGUCUACGCCUGCUGCCACCAGUUGGCGUUCCUCAAGUCGCAGUGUUAUCGGAAUAAAUCUCAGGGAGGUUGGGAGGAUUGUCAUUAUGGCCGUGAUGUGAAGGUUAAGUCCCCCCUCCAGGACUUCCUGACUGACGCCUCGGACUCCAAGUUCGAGACGCAUCCCUUCGACCCGUGCAACAUCUGCCACAAGAGCUGUGUCAGGAUGGGAUUUACGGAGAAGGAUUUGCCUGCAACUCACGAAACCGGCAAGCAUAUUUCCACCAUCCUCACUCCGUCCUGCGGCGGCGAGGAUCCCCUGCUGACAUUGACCUCUUACCUCACCUGCCUCACCAGGCGGACGCCGCGCACCACCGGGGAGCUCGUCUCGUUCUUCCACAAUUUCGGGAAUUCGCUUCAUGAUGCGGCUUCAAGAUUGUCUCGAUUGGGCUCCGCCCUCUGCACUACUCAUCGCCACUGCCCCGACUGGGACCGUCUUGAGGCCGAAGACCUCCUAGCCAUUAAGGACGCCCGGGGCUCCGACCCUCUCAACUCCAACCACCGCAACAAGGACCAUGCCGAGACACUGUCCACGCUGCUUGGCUGCGGCAUCGAUAAUGUCAACUGCACACGAAUUCUCUCUCCCAUCACCUACCGGGCCUACGCCCUGUACUCUUCCACCUACGUCCACCACUACCUCAGCUGGGCGGUGUACCUAGCCGACAGACUGUGGGAGUCACUGGACAGACUGAGUAGAGACAUGAAGGAGCACGCUAGUACCAAGGCCAAGCCUCUCCACCAGUGUGGCAAGGUCCUGCCCCUCCUCUACACUCACGGGUUCACGCCGCCGGAGGGUAUGCCAUCAUCACAACUCACGUGUUCCGAGGUCAUCGUCAAGCUGGAAGCAGUGUUGUCCGGUGGGCCUAUCGCAAGCCUCAUGACCGCCAUGGACGCUUUCCUCUAUACUAUCCGUGCGCCCUUCCUCUACACUGUGUUCACGCUCUGGCUCAUCGCCACGCUCUACAUCCUCCACUCACUCCUCUACCGCAUGGACGUCCUCCGCAUCCGCUCACACCUCCUCACCACCAGGGCCUCCCACCUCAUCGACGUCAAGGCCUUACUCGCCGGCAGCCGCAGGAUGCUCUCACUCUACAAGGACGUCGACUACUUCGACGAUGACUUUCACUCGUGA